CGUGUCUAAAAGGUGGAAACUUGCUUUCGUUGUUUGUUCUUGUGGUUUUCAUACAGGAAGAAAGACCUGAGAUGGACCAGAUUCUCCCAUUAAAGAGAAAAAACUCUCAGAUUUAACACAGAUUUAAUAAACUUUGAUCGUCUUUAAAAGCUCCUCAGUUUUUAGUGAGAAAUGUUGGAGCUCCAACUGUUCUGAAAAACGACUGGAGUCAUGGAGGACACCACAAAGGGAUGGGGGGGAUGGGGGGGGACGGGGGUCACUUCCUGUGUUCAGUCAAAGUGCUGCGGUUUUAAAAGUCAAGAGGACAGAACGCCAUCAGAAUGGCCAUCACGUCGCUGUGCAUCACGCUUGCCGUGCUGAGCAUCAGACCGAACCGGUCUCAGUUCUUCCAGUACGACAGCUUCGCCGUCAGCUGCACAGCGGACUCCAGCGGCUGGACCGUGAAGAGGAACACGUCUGUCCACGUGGAUCAGGAGUGCCACAGGUCUGGGGGGGUUCCCGGCGAGUCCUUGUGCGUCAUCGAGAUGGCGUACCCAUCAGACACUGGGGUGUACUGGUGUGAAAAUGAGCGAGGGCGGAGCAGCAACGCCGUCAGCAUCUCUGUGACCUAUGCAGGUGUGAUCCUGGAGAGCCCUCCUCAUCCUCUGACGGACGGAGACAACGUGACACUCAGCUGCUUCUACAAGACUGAAACCCGACGCACAGCGACCUCAGACUUCACCGCAAACUUUUACAAGAACGGCGUUCUCCUGGGGUCAGGAGCGGCCGGGAGGAUGAUUCUCACCGCAGUCUCCAGGUCUGAUGAAGGUCUCUACAGGUGUGAGCACCCUGACGGAGAAGAAUCCGAGGAGAGCUGGCUGACAGUGAGAGACAGAGCUCAGUGUGGAGCUGCAGCUCCUCCUCUCAUGUCCAGGACCAAACUGCUCAUCAGUUCUCUGCUCUUCAUCUUCUACAAUGUCUUCCUCAUCCUCUUCUUCCUCAAAUACAGACUGUGGACUCGAGAGGUCAGCCUCGGACUGACAGAACGUUAACAGAACCCAAACCAGCAAAUGUUCUGGUGGUGAUGAUCCAGAGGGUGGAGGACCGCCAUCCUCACCAUCCAACCCAAAAGAACUUCUCUUAUCGUUAAGA